AUGAAGCUGCUCGCCAUCACCACGCUCGCACCCUGCGCUUUCACCGCCAUGGCCACCAGGCUGCUGGUCGCCGACUACGGCGGCAAUGUCACGACUCUGACUCUCAGCGAAACGAAUGGCACGUACUCGCUCCAGAAGACCGCCGCUUCGCAGGCCUGUGCGCCGAAUCCGUCUUGGUUGACGAUUGACGCGGGCAGGGGAGAGGUGUAUUGUUUGAACGAGGGCUUGUACACGGUGAAUGGCAGUUUGAGUAGUCUGCUCAUCAAUGAAGAUGGGAGGUGAGUUAUCCCAACAGCGAGAGCAUCGAUGGAUGGAUGGAUGGAUGGAUGGAUGGAUGGAUGGAUGGAUGGAUGAGCUGACGUGUCCCAGUCUGAAAGCCGUCCAGAACACCACCACGCCCAGCGGCCCCGUUUCCGGCAUCAUCUACGGCACUCCCUCUUCCCAGCAAGGCAUCGUCCUCGCACACUACAGCGGUUCCGCGGUCUCGUCCUGGUUGCUGGAUGGAAAGGGCAAUUUCUCCAAGAAUCAAGAGCUAUUCUAUACCCUGGAACAACCAGGCCCAGAUCCCGAGAGACAGGACGCUCCACACAACCACGAAGCCAUCACAGACCCAACCGGAAAAUACAUCCUCGUCCCAGAUCUCGGAGCAGAUCUCGUGCGCGUGUACAAAUACGACCAAGAUACCCUCGAAUUGAAAGCUCUGGAGUCAUUGAAAGCGGAAGCAGGUUCGGGUCCACGACAUGCCGCUUUCUAUACCCCCUCCAGCGUCUCCGGUGCCACGACGUACUUCUACCUUGUCGCGGAAUUGGCUGCCACCGUGACAGCUUACAAAGUCACGUAUACCUCUUCCGGUCUCACUUUCACACACCUCCAGACGUCUCCCACCAUCCCCCUCUUCAACACCGCCCGCCGCGUCGCGCCCGCGGGAAUUGCCGUUUCGCCGGACAAUCGCUUCCUCAUCAUCUCCAACCGCAACGAUACCUCCUUCACCCUCCCCACUCUCGGCAAGAGCGAUUCCCUCUCCACGUUCUCCCUCGACCCUCAAAGCGGAAAUCUGACUCUGCAUCAACUCUGGCCGGCCGGCGGCAAUUACCCGCGACACUUCGAAUUGAAUGCGGUGGGAGAUCUGGUGGCGGUGGGUCUGCAGAACGAUCAGGCUGUCACGGUGCUGAAGCGGGAUGUGGGGACCGGGUUGGUCGGGGAGCCUGUGGCGAGAUGGCAGACGAGUGGGAAUGUGACUUUUGCCGGGUGGUAUGAGGGUGUUGGAGGGAGGUAG